AAGCAAAGAACGAUUUCAUGAUGCAUGGUUUCUUUAGUCUCAAGUAAAGAACAAUUUCUGUAGUGGUGUGAGGUUGGAUUUCCCGGAAAAGUAGUUCAGAUUUGGCAAAAGUGCAUGACAGAUGAUACGCAGUCUGGUCGCCAAGCCCCAUCACCUCAUGCAUCCAGAGUUUGAUGUUACGUUUCUUUCGUGAUCAUUUUGCUCUUUCUCACUCAUCACUUUCCCGGUCAGUGAAUAGAUGCCUCAUCGACAUCAAAAAAGAAUGCACUUCGCAGUCCAACAUAUCAUGCCUUCUCCACCUCUGUCUGCCAUCUGCUACCCUAAUGAAUGAAGGAGAUCCGCUCGACCGGGAAAGUGCUACAUUCUUUCUUUAACGAAAUGAACAAAAUGCCAUGGCCAUCUUUUCGCUCGUUGCUGCUGUUUUUUGAGCUUCGCAUGGGAGCUUUGCUUCCUCACCCUAGGAAUCUCAAUAUCUGUCAUGAAAACCUAUUUGUGUUGCAGGUUGGAGUUCCUCGCCGGUGGUUAAUGGACAGCGUGACCGUGCAUUGUGGUCACUGCAACCAUCUAUCCUUUCUCAAUCUCAGAGAUGUGAUCCAGUGCCUUUGUCCCGCCGGCCCCCAGAUGGGUUUUCAGGUUCAUUUUCCGGGUCCUUGUACUGGUUUAAUGAUGGAGCCACCAUCUCUGCGAUCAUCAUCUUCAGUACCAAAGAAACACAGAGCUCCAUCAGCUUACAACCACUUCAUGAGAGAGGAAAUACAAAGAAUCAAGGCAGCCAAACCUGACAUUCCACACCGAGAGGCAUUUAGCAUGGCUGCAAAGAAUUGGGCUAAAUGUGAUCCUCGCAACUCAGCUAAUGUUUCACUUUAACAAUGGAGAAGUAAGGAUCGACCGUCUUUCCUCAGGAAAGAAGCAAUGGUCUUGCAGUGCAGGUGUGAUUUCGUCGCUGAUGCAUCGAUCUCUUUCGUAGUGAUGUGCUUUAAAUUUUGUGGAAUCCAUCUUAAACCUUCAGUAAGGAAGAUCUCAAUGAUGUGGUAUGUCUUCUGUUUAGCUUCAUGCGUCUUAUAUCUAUGCAAUUAGUAGUGAAUCAAAGAGAGAGAUGCUUAUGUAUGUACGACAUAAAUUCAAGGGCAUAAGUACAA